GAUGGCCCAUAUCUUGGUAAACAUCACGACGCAUGGGUAUUACACGUGUCGGGUCUAUUGGAUAUACUGGAGGAGAGCUUGCAGUUUGGGGAUGGAAGGCAGUUUGUGUUAUAUGGUGAUCCAGCUUAUCCGGUAUCUGAUCACCUCGUCCGACCCUUCAAGGCUCCUCACGAUCCAGCUCACAUCCGAUUCAAUAAAAUGAUGUCAACGGUUCGAAUUGCAGUUGAGUGGGGGUUUGGGAUGAUCAUUUCUCGAUGGGCAUUCUUGGAUUUCGAGAAAAAUCUCAAGCUACUGCUUCAGCCUGUGGGGCAGUACUACCUCGUCUGUGGGUUACUCACUAAUGCUAUGACGUGUUUGAACGGAAAUCAAACAAGCACGUUUUUUGGGAUCAAUCCCCCCAAUUUGAACCAGUACUUCACUCAUGAGGCUUCUCAACAUGACGCGGAAACUUGUUUUCACUGUAAAACGUAUCGUAGGGUAAGAAUCAAUCUUGUCUGUCUUACUGUAUGUUGCUUUAUUCAGGCUUAA